GCUUCACAUUGUUAGGACAUAAUCCAAAUCAAUAAUAAUGGCACUAGGAAAACACUCUAAGAAUGAUGGAAGAAAAUCCACAAAUAAUUACUGCUCCACAGUUACACUGGUGGCUUUUGUAGCCCUCUGCUUAGUUGGCGUAUGGAUGAUGACAUCAUCAUCUGUUGUUCCUCUUCAAAAUCUAGACACUACACAGAAGAACACUAAUGAAGUUAGAACAGUAGUGACUGAUGAUAGCAUUAUUAGCAAAGAUGAGACUCCAACUCCUGAUAACACAACUUCAAAACAGUUUGAGGAUAAUCCAGGAGAUUUACCUGAAGAUGCAACAAAAGGGGACAACAGUGGAAAUUCACAACAUGAAAAAAACAAUUCUAAAGAGGAGAAUACACAAACACAAGUUCAAGAAACAACAAUACAAAAUGAAGACGAGAAGGAAACCAAUUCAGAUGAAAAGGAUUCAAAGAAAGAUGAGGAUUCAAAAGAUGAGGAUGUGAAAGAUGAAAAACAAGAAAUCUCUGAAGAGGGUAAGGAAAGGGAAAGAUGAUUCAAGUUCAACCCAAGUUGAGAUAUUGCCAUCUGGGGCUCAAUCUGAGCUUUUGAGUGAAACAUCUGCUCAAAAUGGAUCAUUUUCAACACAAGCAACUGAGUCAAUGAAUGAAAAGGAAGGGCAUAAGGAGAAAAAGGGGGAGAAAGAUUAUGGGUAUAAUUGGAAACUUUGUAAUGUUACAGCUGGACCUGAUUAUAUCCCAUGUCUUGAUAAUUUACAAGCAAUUAAAGGUCUUAGAACUACUAAGCAUUAUGAACAUAGGGAAAGACAUUGUCCUGAAAAUCCUCCUACUUGCCUUGUUCCUCUUCCUGAAGGAUAUCAACGCCCAAUAGAGUGGCCCACUAGUAGGGAAAAGAUAUGGUAUCAUAAUGUACCUCACACAAAGCUAGCUGAACUAAAAGGACACCAAAACUGGGUGAAAGUUACAGGUGAAUUCCUUACAUUCCCUGGUGGUGGGACCCAGUUUAAGCAUGGAGCUCUCCAUUACAUUGAUUUCAUACAAGAAAUUGUGCCUGAUAUUGCAUGGGGAAAGAGGUCACGUGUGAUAUUAGAUGUUGGAUGUGGGGUUGCAAGCUUUGGAGGAUUUCUGUUUGAUAGAGAUGUUUUGACAAUGUCUUUUGCUCCAAAAGAUGAACAUGAAGCUCAGGUUCAAUUUGCACUUGAAAGGGGGAUUCCUGCUCUUUCAGCUGUUAUGGGGACUCAAAGACUUCCUUUUCCUGCUAGGGUUUUUGAUAUUGUCCAUUGUGCACGUUGCAGAGUUCCUUGGCAUAUUGAAGGAGGUAAACUUCUUUUAGAGCUGAAUCGUCUACUACGACCUGGUGGCUACUUUGUUUGGUCUGCUACUCCAAUCUAUCAGAAACUUCCAGAAGAUGUUGGGAUUUGGGAAGCCAUGACAAAAUUAACAAAGGCAAUGUGUUGGGAACUGAUAGCUGUUAAUAAAGAUAAAGUAAAUAAAGUGGGAGUUGCUGUUUAUCAAAAGCCCAUGUCCAAUGAAUGCUAUGAAGGAAGACCCCAAAAUGACCCUCCACUCUGCAAUGAAUCUGAUGAUCCAAAUGCUGCAUGGAAAGUACCUUUGCAAACAUGCAUGCACAAGGUACCAAUAGGUGCAGAAGUGCGUGGGUCCCAGUGGCCCGAAGAAUGGCCAUCAAGGGUGGAAAAACCACCUUACUGGUUGCUGACAUCACAGACCGGGGUUUAUGGGAAGCCUGCACCCGAAGAUUUCACUGCAGACUUUGAACACUGGAAACGUGUUGUUAACAAGUCGUAUAUGAAUGGAUUAGGGAUAAAUUGGUCAACUGUUAGAAAUGUCAUGGAUAUGAGAGCUAUAUAUGGAGGAUUUGCAGCUGCUUUAAGAGAAAUGAAUACUUGGGUAAUGAAUGUGGUAUCGGUUGAUUCUCCAGACACGCUUCCAAUAAUUUAUGAACGCGGAUUAUUUGGAAUAUAUCAUGACUGGUGCGAAUCAUUCAGCACUUACCCGAGAUCUUAUGAUCUUCUCCAUGCGGAUCAUCUUUUCUCCAAAAUCAAAAAGAAAUGUAACAUGAUGGCUUUGAUUGCGGAGGUGGAUAGAAUCUUGAGACCCGAAGGAAAACUUAUAGUUCGUGACACUGUAGAAAUUAUUGAUGAAGUGGAGAAUAUUCUUCGGUCAAUGAAUUGGGAAGUGAGGUUAACUUACUCUAAAGACAAAGAAGGUUUACUAUGCGUGCAAAAGAGUAUGUGGAGGCCUGUUGAGGUAGAAACGAUUACAUAUGCCAUUGCUUGAUUAUUUGUUGUUCAUUGCUAUGUUGGUUUCCCUUGGUUUUUGUAUCAUAGUGUUUUAGUUGAUUAGUUUGUUGUUCUGCUCUGUUCUGUUAUGUCUUGUUAUUGGGUACGGGGUUGAGUUGUUUAACUUGUGGGUAGGACAUGAUGCGACAUUUUUAUUGUUUAUUUUGAGAAUCCGAUGUGUUCUUGCUAGUGAAAGAGGGUUUCAUAUCAGAAUUAAACAUGGAAUUUUUUAGUGUAUUUUGUUGG